CAAGCCGAACUGGCGGACGCGGAUGCAGUUACGGGAGCGCAGCGCGACCCAACGCAAGUCGUAAACGUAUUUCCAGCCGGAGUAACUGGCAGCGAGGCUGGCUGGCUGGCUAGCAAGUCUCUCUCCCUCCGAGUUGUGUGCGAUAAGUGUAGUGUGCGAAACAAAAGGAAAAAAAAUACAAAUUUUAACAUCCAAGAUAUAAACCAGGCGAUUGGAACACAGCGUAAAUUUUCAAGGGUACCUGCCUUCUUUAUAUGAUGGAAGGGCAAAUGUUAACAAAUAGUGCAAAAAACUGAUCGCUAAAGAAGUCAGUAGUGGACGGGAAUAAGUGAAGUGACAAAAAAAAAGAAGUUUUUAUUGCAAGUGGAAUAACCAUUUUUAAUACCCUGUGUGCUCAUACUGCCUCUCGGUCCUGUAUAGUUGUUCCGAGUACUAUCAAUUCCAAUCUUUUUAUAUCAGUGACCGGUUAACACUUGCCGGCAUCACGACACUGACAUAACUCAUUGUUGUUAGUGAUGAUAAUUGAUGGUCAUUUUCUUACAGGGGAAACAUUAUUGUGAAAGUGAAGAAAAGAGGAGGUGCUGGAGAACGGUAUUGGUAGCAUUGGUCUCUGCGCGGUUCUCCAGAUUUUCGUAUUAAUCACAUAGUGACCUUGGGGCAUGCAUUCGUGAUAGAGGGCGUGUGUUUGUUUUCACUUUGUUUUUUUCUUCUUUUUUGUGUGUGACUAAAUGAAGCUCCUUAGCUUCAUUUAAAAAAAAAUGUGUAAAGUGGAGCAAAAUUUUACAGUGCAAGAUGUAUUGAAAAAAUAAAGAAAAAGAGUGUGAAGAAAUUAUCAGAAGUCACAAUAAUCAUCACAUUGUUUGAAAAAUCAAAUUUUGCCGACAGGAACGUUCCUUGGGAUUCUCGAGCGACGGUGACGACAGUGAGUAGUCAAUGUUCCUUUCCAGCAAUUACAUACCUAGAGAAUCGCCUUGCUAGAAGAGAAGGAACGGAAGAAAAGGAGAGAACGAAAGGCGAAAGAUGGAGAGGGAGAGCUCGAUGUAUGCGUGCACAUGCAACUGUGUAUUGGUGAAAUUGGAUGUGUGAGUGCAUGUGCGUGUGUAAGUUUUUCGUUUAAGUGUGUGUGUGUCUGAUGGCAUAGGUGCGCGGGAGAGAAGAAGUAAGGACAACGAGCCAAGCCCACAACUGCCUUUCGACGCACACUCAAAAUGGCUAAAAAAAUCCAACAUCAAAUCCGAUCAACUAUAGCUCUUAUAGUUUUUUAAACUAGUUGACAAGUUCCCCCCCAAAAAAAACAGGAAUACUUUUCCACGUGUGUAGUCCGUUGAAAAUGCUGACAAUAAAUUUAUGCUGUUUUCUUCUUCAUUACCGUAAGGUGGGGCAACCUGCAAGCCGAAAAAUACUGAUUUGGUAAGAGUAUUUCUCUGUGAAGAGAGGUGCACGCCUUAGUACAAAGCGUUCCUUUACGGGAUACACGGGGCGAGUUGCGUCGCGAGAAGACGAGGAACAGUGUUAAAAACGGUUUGUUCGAGAAAGAGGGAAGAAAGCCUUUGGCGACAGAGAGCACUAACUACUCAGGGCGCAAGCGUGCACGUGUGUGCGUUACUGUGCGCUAACCCUGUCCCACUACCAGUGAGGACAAGCCGCCCCUACAUUAACCACCCCCACCAUUCUGCCAACAUCGUCUUUUCCCAUUCGUGUGCUCCUCUCUUCCCAACGUCAACGAAACGACGACAGACAUCACCCCUCCAAUUGCCUCCUAGCGCAAGUUACGUCACACGUGACGUCACACACACACAUAUGUGCGCACUUAUCCAAACUUCUGUCGAAUAUCCACUUUUACAUCGAAAAAUCACAUAAAUAUAGAAGGGAAGAAGGAAACUGCAAAAAAAAAACUUUUUCGUAAAACACGCAGUAUAUAUUGAGCCCUAAAGCGAGAGAGGAAAGACUGAAAAAAACCAGAGAGAAAGAGAGCGAGAGAGAGAGACGUAUAACAAGUCGUAUCCACGCGGGUAAACGAGACCAAGACCUUAUACAACACCUGAAGCCGGCCGACACAAACACACAUCCUAAGAUGUGAUUUCAAAAAUGGCGGAUUGCCCCUAUGCCCGCUGCAUACAGGAACGCAGACACAUACGAAGAGAACUGCUGCGAUGGACAAAGAAUAUGGUCUUCGUAGUUGGUUUGGAGCGGGUAGCAGAGGAGUUGAUGGGCCGUAGGAGAUGGAAGCAAUACCAGGACACCCUGUACACCGCGACUCGCAGCGAAUCGUCAACGACGACGCAGCAGCAACAAGCCCUUCAUCAAAGGCUUCAUCCAACUGUAACAACAGGUUGCAAUAUCGAUGCAGCGACAUUAAAUCAGGUGUCCCACCUGCGACCGCAGGUGUUGACAACUCCAAUCAAACAGGAGCUACAGGUUCCAAAAAACCUCUCGAAUCAUCAUUCCAUACAGGAGGAUCAAACGAACCAUCCAGAACAAGGGAACCAGAGGGAAUUGCAUCGUGUCAAGCGCGAAUUGGAUCCUACGGAAACGGGUGUCAACACCAACUCGGUCAAAAAACGAGUUUGUGGAGACGACGAAAACGGCAACAAAGAGGUCACAGAGGACGAGACGGAAAGGAGGCCCAAUCAAGAAAAAGAAAAAUCCUCCAAUCAUUUAAACGACGACGAUCGAACCUCCAGACAAGAGGAUCUGACCAAACCAAACGACACGGAAGGGACCAAGGAGCAGAUAGAAGGGGUGGCUUUGGAGAGAAUACAGGUGACACAGGGUUUGUUGAGGGUAAAAAAGGAAGACGAGCUACAAGAUCCAGGAGUUCAUGGAAAUUCGACAUCCGUGACAAACAAUUUAGCAUCACUGACCAAGAGGACGGAACCAAGUCCAGAGAGCGUGUUUCUUGGAAAUCGAAGAGCGAGUCCACCUCCAGAAGAUUGGAAGCCAUUAGACAAGUGUUACUUCUGUCUCGAUGGCAAGCUGCCACACGACGAUCAAGCUCCCCUUAGUCCUCAAAGUGACAGCAGUAGUAGUUCUCGAUCAGCUGAGUCACCGAUGUCAGUUCAGGUCGAUCCUAUGGCGGCAUCAGUGGUAGCAGCAGCUCUUGGCACGUAUCCAACAUUACUGCCACAAUGGUGUCUACCACCAAGAGAGGCACCUCACAUCAACAUGCAAGCACAUCAGGAUAAUACGUCAGGAGUCGAUCAGCCUCUCGAUCUCUCGGCCAAGCCCAAAAGUUCUCAGAAGAAUCAUCGUCGUUUUCAGGAGAACAAUUUAUCUUUGUUGGAACAAAAAAUACCUCUACGAAUGCCAGCGGGUCUUGAUCCCAAAACGUUAUUCAACUCGUGUUAUCGUGCGAAACCAAGGUUGACAGGUACAACAGGUGCAGGAGGUGUCUCAACAGUGGGUGCUGGCGGUGGAAGAAGAACAUACACCGAGGAGGAGUUACAAGCAGCCCUGAGGGAUAUACAGAGUGGAAAACUAGGGACCCGUAGGGCAGCUGUGAUCUAUGGAAUACCGAGGAGUACUCUGCGCAACAAGGUCUACAAACUUGCGAUGGAACGCGAAAGAGACGCGUCCCUGUCAAACACCAUUUCACACUCUCAUGAGUCUGGCGUUCCAGCUACAAUCACAAUUACCACCACCACAACAACAACUACAACAUCAAAUUCAACCCAAAAUGCCUCUACAACCACCCCGCCUUCACAAGUGGAUGAGCCGGAUGAAAAGGAGCUUUCGGGGGCCGAGGAGGAAAAGGAAGUGGAAAAGGCACUGCUGAAACCUUUGCUUUCUAUUGAGGACCUGGUCAGAUUUUCAUCACUUGAAGGAAGCGGAGGAGAUUCUUUGAGAACUCUUCUGCAAAGAGGACAGGAAGCAGGAACUGAGUGGCCUGGUUUCGAGCACGCAAAUAUUGGUCCAUACAUCCAGAAGAUGUUAGCUGCUGCUACACCCUUCAAAGGACUUGAAUCGCAGGAUUACAGGAUUCCGGAAGUGAUGAGGAGGCUCAUGAGUGAGGACAAGAGGCUGAGUAAAGAUGUAAAUGGUGAUCAUUCCGGUCAUCAUCAACAACAAAAUCAUUCUCAACAGCAAAGCGAUCCAAUAACAAAUGAUGAUUUUAAUCCAAGUAUCGAAGAAGAAGCAAAUGAUAGCGCUCAGGGCAGAGCCAUAUUAAAAAUUCCGUCCUACAAACCGGCCAAUGCGCCGGGUUCUAGCAAGAAUGGCGAACCAAACUCAGCUGCGUUUGUUCAGGGCUUCGCAGCAGCUGCUGCAGGAAGUGGUGGCGUUGCUGGAAGUCCCGGAUUGAUAGAGCGUGCGAGUCCAGCAUUUUCCGGGACCAGUAGCCCUACGAAUUCAUUGGUUGGCAAAGGCGUCGGUGUCAACUUUCGAGACGUAAUUGCAAAAAGUAUAAGCGUUAAAUUCCAAGAGGGUCAGUCACCUGGAGGAAUCGCGGGUCAAGGUGGAUUAGUCCAGUCACCUCAUUCAAUGAUUAAUGAGUCUAAUCCUUUCAAACGGGGUCGAUACACUCCACCUCAGCAACCUCAAUCACAGCAGCAGCAGCAAAAAUCUCAGUCGCAAGAUAACAAGGCGAAACCUGGAACUGGAGGCAAAGGUACAAGACCGAAACGUGGCAAGUAUCGAAACUACGAUAGAGAUAGUCUUGUCGAAGCUGUACGCGCCGUGCAGAGGGGUGAAAUGAGUGUUCAUCGAGCUGGGAGCUACUAUGGGGUUCCUCAUUCUACUCUCGAGUACAAAGUCAAGGAGAGGCAUCUUAUGAGGCCACGAAAGAGGGACCAAAAGCAACCGGAGGAUAAAGCAAAGGAAACGACAACAGCAACAACAACAGUAACGGCAGCGAUGAGGCCUGGAACAACAGACAAAAAACCGCCUCUGAAACCUCAGAAACCGUUCACACAACCAGGAGGAAUGCCAAGUCCAAACGGCAUAAAGAUGCCAUUUAUGGAAGGCAUGCCUCCGAUUCCGUUCCCUCAUCCGUAUAACUUCUGGGGGACAACGCCAUUUAUGCCAUCGCCUUUUAUGGGUGGAGGACCCAACGUUCCGGGAAUACUUUCUGAGCAGUAUUUUGCUACCCAAAGAAUGCGUGGACUUCAAGAGCAACAGCGUAAUGCAAUAGCCCAACAGCAGAGGGAUAGAGAAGGAAUUAGUCCAUCAGCGGAGCCAGGAACGUCCAACUCGAGGGGUGGUUCAUCAUCCAUCGUGAAAUCAACGAGAGAAAUGGCCGAAAGCCUAUACGAUGGUACAGGGGCAAACGGCAGUUUUCUGGAUAAUCUGAUCAGAUCGAGUCUUGAGACGGGUAUUCCAAGGGACCAAAGGGCAAUGGCCGAAGCUAGAAGUCAGCAGCAACAGCAAACAGCUUCGCAGCAUCACCCAGAGGCUCUCAGUAGUAAAUCGCUAAUCGAUCAACUCUGCAGAAAUUCGAGGCGAACGCCCCUGCCGAGGGUGACGCAAGACAGCAGCGAGGACGAGAGCUACAGAAGUUCGAGCGGCAGGUCGAUACCCGAUCGGCCUGAACGCGUGCCAACUGUCGAUUUGAGUCCAUCACCUUCCGAGCGAGGGCGACCUGAUGACGGCAGCGAUCAUCUUACCUCGCCACCGACACCUCUACCAGUUUCCAGGGCGAGCAGCAAAGACGACGAUCGUGAAUCGAAAAUCGAUCGAAGCAGUAGGGAACGCGAGAUCCACAACGGGGGACAUGAAGACCGGGACAAAAAGCAAUCGCAGCAACAAUCGCUGAAUCACUACCCGGAACUACACAAUCUCUAUUCCGUUUCAACUGAUAAAAAAAGUGCCUGUGAUAGUAAGCUUAUAGUAGAUCAUUCGAGCCAGAAAACUCAGCAACAACAGCAGCAGGAGUGCGCGGCCGUUAGUGGGCUGGUGGUGCAAUUGCAGAGGGGAUACAACUCCGGCACCAACAGGUCGAGUGAUCAACCUCUCAAUAACCAGCCACAGGAGCAACGCGGCUCAGCGGUGCUCAUGGAAGACUCUGUAGAGCAGUAGAUGUCAGUAUCUUCUCGUGAAGUGUACAGUAACCACAACAGUAACUACAAAAAAACCAGUAAAGUAAAUUUUCGAAGCCCCUGCCCUUAACCUCCAUAGGUUCGUUAAUCACUUGACGAACACCAAACGAGGAUUCUAUCUAUCUAUCUGACUGAAUAUUAAUUCCUUCUUUCCGACGAGACUGCAAGUUUGAUGAUAAGUGCUCUGAUCACUGGCCAGUAUCAGCAGUAAGAUAGACUUGCAGAAUCCUCGUCAACAUGUGAUGCACUUAACUCGUUUCUUCACUUUCCUGAAAAACUUGAGCUUUUCUUCUAUUUCUUACCAUUUUCCCCACUAUCACUUUCUACACUUUCAUAGAAAUAGAUUCAAAAUUUUUUUCAAUUAAACUGAAGUAUUUAACAACGAGAGAAAUAAUCAAAAAGUUUUCCUCUUUUAUUAUAAUUAUUUCUUCUUUCAAUAAUUGAGCCCCUGAUACUACGCGCGGUCCGG